AAAUGUCUGAAAAAAGAGAUAAAUUAUGUUCUCUUACCUACACCUGCAUGAUCACCGUCUGCUAUUUGGGAGCCAUAGGAUUAUGCCGAACCGUGCUCUUCUCAAACAUUCUCAAAAUAGACGACAAAGUAAUAAACUCAGUUUCAUUGGGCAUAUUCAGCCUCGUUUUUUUGCUUGGCCCCUUGUCGUUGCCAUUCUUUCAAAAGAUGAUCCUGAAACUCACCUACAAGUAUCUAAUAAUAUUUGAUUCAGAGCAGUAUUUUUUAUCACCAGUCUAGCCAAUAUCUUUAGCAUGACCUUGUACAUCGUUGUCAUUGAACAACAACCCAAGGGCGUUUACUUAAUUGUAACAAUCCUGAUCUUUGAGGCCAUCUCAGCUCCCUUUAUGGCAAUCUUCUAUUGUGCAUUCAAUUACUAUGUUCGAAGCAUGUCAAAUAAGAUCAAUGUAGGCAUCUACUUCGGCGUGGCUUACUCAUUAUUCAGCAUGCAAAACCUCAUCGGCGACAUUUACGUGAUCUUUGAAGGGAAGAUGUUCGAGUACAAUCAAUACUUCUAUUACCCCAUGCUUGGAGUAUCCUUGCUCAUAACAUUCCUAUACUGGUUCAUCAAAGAACCAGAGUCAUUGUCAAAAUCAGCAACCAAACAAAGCAUUGAUUUAGAAUAGAAAUUAAACGAACAUUUAUAUGGUUCAUUGAUGGACGAUGACAAUUAAAAGAAUUAUGCUAAUAAUAACGAAUACGUCAAUCAAUUUAAGCUAAUCUGGAAAAUACCAAAGUAGUACCCUCAAUUUAUGUAUUUAAUCCCUACCAUCAUUUCCAUUGGGAUGUUCGGUGCCUUCAGUGUGGUGUACUCCUAGGAUAUGAUAGAACCAAACUAUACGAAUGUCUAAUAUUUGAAACCUGCCAUAGUUACCAAUCUCAGCAUUCAUGGGAUUGGAUAAUUCUUGGGAGGAAUCCUGAUUGGAUUGCUUUCCUACUCCUACAGCUACUUAAAUUUGUUGAUGGCAUUGCAGAUUUUUGGAGCUACAACCUACAUAUUGUCAGUAAAUUUGAUUGUAUUAAUUAAGGAUUGUUGGUGAAGCAGAUGAGAUCAACAAUAAUAAGAAUAGCUUGGUGUAUGCUUUCAAUUUUAUGUCAGGAUUACUAAUCUCAGCUGUCCAAGUCCUGACCUUCUCUUAUUGCGGCUUUGAGUAUGUUGAGAAUAGGAACGUACUCCAAUUGUGCAACUGGAUUUACUGUUGGAGUUUCUACUUCUUCACUGUUGUGAUGAGUAUUCCCAAUAUUCCAGGCACUCCCAAUCAAUAUUUAAUUAUUAGUGUAAAUGUAUUUGGAUCUUUCUUACUUGCCUAUUGUGUAUUGAAUUUCAUAUGUUUAUGGUUUCACAAAAGGAAAUUCUUGUAAUUGCGAGAAAAUGAAUGA